CAGACCUUUUACAAAUAUUGAAUCGACGUUUGGUUGUAGUGAUUUUCUAAUUUAAACAUGAGUACGUUGAACAACAGGGCAGCCAGCCACUUCGGUGUCCAGGAGAACCAUGAGUUGGACAGGAGGGACAAACAAGCCUGGGUGAACCCUGCUUACAAUGGAUCCCCUCCUUCUUCUCCCCCGACAGUCAGAGCCAUCUACAACCCCCAGUCUCUCAUGGCAAACCGUUAUGAGAACCUGGGGAAACUGGAGGUCCUCCCGCCUUACCCAACUGAUAUGAAAGUCAUGGAAAGUGCUGGAGAGAAGAAUAAGAAGGAGGAGAAGCCACGAGGAUGUUGCUACUUCAUCGGUAGAGGAAUCUGUGGACUGUGGGGGACCACGAUGACCGAAGACACCGCUGGAAACCGAGAGAAGUACGUGAAGACGUCCCUGAGGGAGCUGGUUGUGUACAUCCUAUUCCUGACGGACAUGUGUCUGCUGACAUAUGGAAUGACGAGUUCAAACACAUACUACUACACCAAGGCGAUGUCUGACCUCUUCCUUGCAACACCCACUUAUAGUGGAGUUGACUUUCAGAGUAUCACCAAUAUGGAACAGUUUUGGGAGUUUGCUCAGGGCCCGUUGCUGGAUGGUCUCUACUGGAGUAAAUGGUACAACGACAAGCCCCUGGAUCUCGGACCUCAGUCUUUUAUAUACUAUGAUAAUAUGCUGCUGGGGGUCCCCCGAAUUCGUCAGUUGAAAGUGCUGAACAACUCCUGUAAGGUUCACAAGAACUUCAGGAAUGAAAUCAAUGGCUGCUAUGACGUGUAUUACGAAGAUAAGGAGGACAUAAACCCGUUUGGCCUCAUCAAUGGAACUGCUUGGAACUACUUUCCUGAAAAGAAACUAAAUGGAUCAUCCUACUGGGGGAUAUUAACAACUUACAGUGGCAGUGGCUACUAUCAAGAUCUGAACAUGACCAAGGAAGAGAGCGCAUACCUGCUGCAGAAUUUAAAGGACAAUCUGUGGUUAGAUCGCGGCACCCGAGCAGUCUUCAUCGACUUCACUGCUUAUAAUGCCAACAUUAACCUUUUCUGUGUAAUCAGGCUUGUGGUAGAAUUCCCUGCAUCUGGUGGAGCAAUACCAUCUUGGCAGAUUCGGACAGUCAAGCUCAUUCGCUACGUCAACAACUGGGAUUACUUCGUCAUUGGCUGUGAAAUUGUGUUUUGUGUCUUCAUCUUGUACUAUAUGGUGGAGGAGAUACUGGAAAUCCGGAUCCAUAAGCUGUCUUAUUUCUCAUGCUUCUGGAACGUUCUGGAUGUCAUAGUAAUCAUGCUGUCCAUCGUAGCCAUCAUAUUCAAUGUGUUUCGCACCCUGAAAGUGAAUGCGCUUUUGGGGAAAUUGCUCAAGAAACCUGAUAUUUAUGCAGAUUUUGAGUUCCUGUCAUUUUGGCAAAUGCAGUACAAUAACCUGAAUGCUCUCAACCUCUUCUUUGCCUUGAUUAAGAUCUUCAAAUACAUCAGUUUCAAUAAGACCAUGGCACAGCUGUCUUCAACCCUGGCCCGCUGUGCAAUGGAUAUCCUGGGCUUUGCCAUCAUGUUCUUUAUUGUGUUCUUUGCCUACGCUCAGCUAGGCUACCUUCUCUUUGGAACUGAGGUGGAGUCCUUCAGUACCUUCGUCAAGUGCAUCUUUACCCAGUUCAGAAUCAUCCUUGGUGACUUUGAUUAUGAUGCUAUUGACAAGGCUAACAGAAUUCUGGGGCCGCUGUACUUUGUCACCUAUGUGUUCUUUGUCUUCUUUGUGCUGCUUAACAUGUUCCUGGCUAUUAUAAAUGACACAUACUCUGAAGUCAAGGCAGAGCUUUCUGGCCAGGAAGAUGAAUUCCAGUUUUCUGAUAUCAUAAAACAGGGCUAUAUGAAGACCAUGAUGAAGUUGAAACUGAAAAAUGAGAAGAUAUCUGAUGUGCAGAAGGCUUUAGGAUCUGGAUCAAAGGAGCUGGAGUAUGAAGAUUUUAAAAACACCCUGAGACAAAUGGGUCACAGUGAUCAUGAGAUCUCUGAAGCCUUUACUAGGUUUGACCAUGAUGGAAAUCUUAUCUUGGAUAAAGAAGAGCAGAACAGAAUGAUAAGUGAGCUGGAGGAGAAGAAGAUUUCCCUGAAUGCAGAGAUAGAAAACCUUGGAAAAGACUACAGCAACAACACACUUGGCAAACCAAUGAAGAAUAGUAACAGUAAUGGCGUAUCACAGGCAGAGUUUCAGAUGCUGGUGCAACGAGUUGUUCAUUUGGAGCAGUCUAUUGGCAGCAUUGUGUCUAAGAUCGACGCAGUGGCAAUGAAACUGGACACACUUGAUGAAAGUAAAGAUCAGAUGGGCAGGCUGUGGAAUAUCAAUGAGGGUGGGAAGCCUUUUCAAGGUUAGUGCUUGGUAAGAGAGAUGGACGACUUGGAGGGUCCUACGUUCGAAGCCAAGAACAGCUGGCUUUCCAACACAGGAUGACACAACACCAAUCAACACACAUUUCUAGAGAAAGAGUCACAAACCCCUUCUGGCCUGCUGUACACUCCCAGAGAGAGACAGAAAGAAAAAUACAUACAACAGAUAUAUUUGAAUCGGUCUCCCUUAAAAACGGUACUGAAAAGGUAUUUCUGCCAUUCUGAUACGACAUUCACUUCAAAAACUCCACUGUGGCUGUACACAUUUGUUACAUUAAUGUUGUAAAUGUGUUUAUACCCUACUUGGUUAUCUUCCCAGUCUCAAAACUGCAAGAAAAUUAUGCUAUAAUGAAUGUUGUAUCAGUGUAGUUCAGGACAUCAGGACAUUGUGACUACCCCCUACUCACACACACCUAAUAUUGGGUUAGUCUGCCUUUUGCCACAAUGACAGCCUGGAGUUGUUCACAGCACAGUACAAUCAUUAAAAAACUGUCCUAAAAACUGUUUAAAAUAUAAUAUGAAAAAAAUUCAAUUUCCAAAAAUGUACUUUAAAACAUAUAUAGUACAGUAUAGUCCUGUUUAAAACUACGGUCAAUCCAUGUUGUUCCUGUGUGGAUAGCAGUUGUAUGAUUUUGCAUUGUGCCUUGUUGGUUUUAGUUUCAGUGACACAGUGCUCAGAAGGCUGUACUAUGGCAGACUACAGUGAAUUAUAUUUUAAUGUACAGCUAUGGCCGAAAGGUUUGCAUCACCUACAAUUUUACAAUUGAGACAUACUGCAAAUUUUAAUAAACUAUAUGAACACAAUUUAGAUAUUUUAUUAAACAUCAUGCAAUCAAAGAAACUACAAAAUUAUAAAGCAAAAGUCUACCGGAAGCCAUAAUAGUAGUUCAGUAUUUCAUGUUAGAUUUCUAAAUGUCACAUUUUUCCAUUUUUGUCAGUUAUUUAUGUAUAUGGAAAACUUCAAAGCCUAUGUGAUUCAAUACGUUAACCUAACAUUAUUUAGCAUGUUUCAUUCAACUUUGUGAAGCCAAAUUAGUUCAUUCUAUAGGCUGAUGCAAAACUUUUGGCAAUAGCUGUAAACUGGAACAUUAUUGUGGGACACCUUUAAUGUUAACCCUGUAGAAUGAAACAGAGCUUACAACUUCAAAAUACCUAAAUGUAUAUUGGUGUAUUGUAAGAUUUGACUUUAAAACAAAAUAGACAUGUAUUUAUUCAAACGUAUUUAUUAUUGUAAUAAAUAAUGUAACAUGUACUGCAUGUGAGUGUGUUAGAUGAUGUGGAGGAGACUGGACUUGUCUGUAGUGUGUAAUGUUGACAAACUUCUUCUGGAAGUUUCCACAGUGAAAUUCAUUUUGUGACCCAUUUUUUAUGUAAUGAUAGGAACUGUAUCUUGUGUGUCUUUACUGUGUAGAAGGACAACUAUAUAUUUAAAUGACAUUGUGUAAUGAAAUGUGGGCCCUAUACUCAAAGCUAUUGUAGUUAUUUAAAUUGCAAAUAAAGUAUCUGACAUGUG